AUGACCUCAUCCAUUGCUCUGGCCAAAGAGUGGCUCGAUGCUCAGGACAAUAUGCCUCUCCCAAACCGACCUUCUGCCCCACAACCUCGCAGAGAAGAUGAAGACCUGACAAUAUGCCAAUCGGACACAACUUGGAAUGCAGAUAGCAAGAAGGCGGGGCUGGGCUGGUUUAUCCGGUCACAUGAUAACCAAAACAUUGAGAAGAGCCAAUCAAGCACACACUGA